CUCCAGUUGAUCACCGGGAGAGCCGGUCUAUCUGCCUUUCAUUCAUCUCCGGAACUGUGCAACUUGUGCAUCAAAAGCCCGUGAGACCGUCUUGUCCAUCCUCCGACCAGCGACACCGAGGACGCCAGCGCCGGCCAUCAUCCGCGGCGGGGCAGCGUGGGAAAAAUGACAUGGAGCCUGCUAUCACGCAACAGAGCGGUUUGCUUAUGUGUUUGCGUCAGCAUGGAGCCUACAGGCAUGAAGCACUGGAGCCAAGGAUCUACCCAGGAGACAUGAAUGAUAAUGGUGUCCAUGUUCUCAUCACACCAACAGGAAAAUCUACUGAAGACAUGUUAUUUCAAGAUGAAGAUUGAUACCAGCCUGACUAUGCUCCAGCUCCCAGAGGCCCUGUCCCAGGCAGGCCUUCAGUUCUCUGUGGCCACUGAGGAGGACUUCGAUGAGAUCAUGGCUAUGAGCCAGGACAUCUAUGGAGGCCUUGACUACCUGCCCACUAGAUACACCAGCUGGCUGCAGGAGACCAACCGCAUAGUCAUAUUGGCCCGCAAACAGGGAAAAGUGAUUGCUCUGGAGUCGGUGUGCAUGAUUGACAAUGGGGAGACUAUGCUGGUGGAGGGUCUACGUGUUGCCCCUCAGGAAAGAGGCAAGGGUGUGGCAGGAGUACUACUGCGCUUUUGCUCCGAGCUUGUCAAAUCCAAGUACCCAGAAGUCAAAGUAAGCCGCUUGACCCGUGAUGAUCAGCUUGGACCCAAGGAUUUCCAGAAGUAUCGCCUCAUAACCAAGCAGGGUAUUUUGCUGGUGCGCUUCAGAGCUGAAGACGUCAAGCUCCGUCUGGCUGAGCUUGGUCUGGGUGGAGAAAUCCAAUCCUCCAACUCUCCUCCAGUGCGUCUCGACCAUACAGCUAUCCACCGCCUGUAUCUUACUACUGACCUGAUGCAGGAGGUCCUUCCCAAUGCCACCAUCAUUCAAGACUGGCAACCAUUCAAGCUUUUGCCCAGUAACAUGGCCAUCCUACUGAAGAAGGACAUCGACUGGAUGGUGGAUGAUGCAUCCAACCCGACUGUGGCCAGCCUCUGUACCUUCCCUUUCAGGGUUCCCAUUGGAGAUGACUGGUAUUACCUGAACAUUGACAUGUUCGGUAAAGACCUGGACCUGGCCCGGCAGCAGUUCUUGUGCCACCUGCUGCGCCACACUGCCACCCUGAAGGGUCACGUGAUGUGCCAGAUGUUCCUGGACCCACCACUCUGGAAGCCCAUGGCCGAAUUCUGCCACAACACCUUGAGCGUGGAGCUGGUGAAGGAGUACACCGAGCAGUGCGUGGUGGAGUCAGAUGUCGUGUAGCGACAGAAGGUGGAUGGAAAGGAGGUGAAGAUGAAGGAGCCAGAAAGGAAUGAUGACAAGGGUCUAGACAACAAGAAAUGGACACAACUCAAUUACAUUUAACAGAAAAACACAACCCUCAAUACUGAGGGACAGGAACCGGGUAAACAAAAUGUAGUUUCUACAAAACAAAACUUCUCAGAGUGCAGUGCGUUAGAUUAAACAAUACACAAACAAAUACAGAGUGGACAUAACAUCUUUAAUACAUCAUGUAAUCAGGGACAAUAUGUUUGUUGCAAAUGCAUUUACAACUAUUAUAAAAUUCAAUUGGUGACACAACUUUACAGUAAUUUCUAAGUACUGUUUUGAAGGCUGUAGUUUUGAGGGGUACAUAGUAUUUUGUUCCCAUUAUAGAAUUAAAGAUAGGUGACUAAAGAACAUAAACACCCUUUAGUAGAGGGCUUCAUGGGACAAAACUUUUGGCUGGACUGAACCUGUGAAAAAUAUAACUAAAUCCAAAAUUCAUAAAUUAGAAAGUAAAUUCUGCAAUUCCAUUGAAUGAAAUAGUUUUCGGUCCAGUGCAUCUCUGUUAUAAACCCUGAUGUGACUUGACCCUAAUGCAGUCCAAUGCAACAACACUACAAACUAUAGCCUCAAAAGUGACCAUAGAGUUGAAUCGUCACGUUAUUAGCUCACCUUGAAUUUUACUUUUACCACAAUGAUUACAGGUGUUUGGGUUAUUAUGUCCACCCUCUGUCUGUUGUAUGACAUGGAAAGGUGUUAUAAGAGCGAUGAGCUUGGGGAGGCUUUCUCACACCGGUAGCAGUGAUGUAACCUAAAACCUAAAAACAGUCAACAUGCAAAUUCUGUUUUUUAAAGAAAUUUAAGUACCCUUAGGGCAUCUCAAACCUUUCAUCUCUUAUCUUUCUGUAAAUAUGAACCUUCUAAAUAUGUACACAAGCUGAGUUGGGUUACUAAAUCUGCACAACUCUGAAGGCACUUUAUUAAGACUACACAAAACAGGUUGUGUCUACGUUAGAAUGAAAAGAAAUAGUUCAGGAUCAAAUAGGGGUAAUUUACAGAUCCCAUAUAUUAACUAGUAUUACCACAGGAACAUCAACAACAAAGCUCUGCAGUGAAAAAAAC